GCUCCAGGUCGGGGAUCUGAGUUUGGGAAGAUGAUGGCACCGGAUCCGACGCGCUUUACUUCGAACGUCGGCGGCACGGUCGGCGGCACGGAGGACACGUCGCUCGAGGUGCCGUCCGACAGGGACCUGUCCUCGGGGAAGCAGCGCGUACUGAACCAGGUCCACAGCAUAAAGAGGAGCAAGUCCAAAUACAAAAGUGGCACGACGAGCCCCACAAGCCCUGUUCAGGAGACUUCCAAAACCUUCAAUGACUUUGGAACAUCCAAGUACAAGGCUAGCACCUACAAGCGCAGCAUCUCUGCCGGGUCAGCGGGCUUCAACAGAACGGGAACUGUUCAGAUGAGUCGAAAUUUAACCACAAAAAGUAUAAGACAAAUAAAAAGCCCUAAUGGCCUGAAACCCAGUUCCAGUGACCCUGCUAUGGUUCCUGAUCUCCCUUUAGCACCUAGCAUGAAAGUCAAAGGCCAAGCUGGUGAAAGCCAAAACGGUUUUCAGAAUCAAAUUAGCGGAUAUUAUCGUUCAGUAAAGGUUGGAAAAAGUGUCACUGAGAGCUCGACGCAAAUUGUCCCUUCACCUCCUGUCAUCUCUCCAAGCAAUGGCAAGACGGGCAGCUUCAUAUAUCCCACCAUGGAGCAGAAAUCCGAGUUGAACUCCAUGGUGAACAUUGGAGACUUAGACCUAGAAACGGCAGUGGAAUACCUGAGAAGAACUAAUGAGAGCUACCAUCAAUGUGGGGCCAACUUCAUCCAACACAUCUGCUACACGGAGGAUCCUCCCAAAGACAGGGUACGCGAAUUAGGAGGAAUACCACAUCUGGUGAACAUGCUGGAGAGCUUACAACAAGGGCCAGCCCAGGCUGCAUCUGGGGCUCUGAGGAACCUCAUCUACCGGAACAAAGAAAACAAGAUAUUAGUUCAGAAAUACGGUGGCAUAGCUAAGGCCCUGAACCUAAUGAAGAGGACGAAGUCCACUGAGACAAAGAAACAAGUCACUGGCCUGCUCUGGAACCUGUCUUCUGAGGAUGAGGUGAAGCCUGAACUACUUAAAACAGCACUUCCAUUUCUUACUAAAAAUGUGGUGUUGCCAUAUGGCUCCCAUGAGGCAGACGUAGAUCCAAGCGUCUUCCAUUAUUCCCUUGGCUGCCUGAGGAACCUGAGCUCUCACGGAAUGAGUGGCAGGCAAGAAAUGAGAAAUCGCACAGGCCUUGUACAAUCCCUAGUGGAAUAUCUUAAGUCUUGUGUGGAAGAGGAUAACACUGAUGACAAGUCUGUGGAGCACUGUGUAUGUAUUCUCCAUAACUUGUCCUACCAAAUAUGGAAGGAGCGUCCUGAGACGUUAGACGGCUUCGAACAUCUAAGAAAAGAAAAGUCUGAGAUUAAGGAAAGCCCCACGCCUGGAUGCUUCAGCCCCAGAAGCAGAAAAGCUCAAAAAGAGAGUUAUACCUCGUGUCCUAGGUUUGAUGAAGACAUGGCGCUGAGCAAGAUGAAGGGGUUGGACAAGUUGUUUGAUCUAACAGCCAUAGAUACCUAUGUGGCACUGCUGAAGACAUCCAAGGACGAAAAAACUGUAGCGUCCUCCUGUGGUGUCUUACAGAACCUCACUGCCAGCGGAGAAGAGGGGGCUAAAGUUGUGAGUGAGCAGGUGUUUUCGAAGCUUAAUGACAAUAGUACCCUGCGCGUUUUGGCGCUUUCAAAAUCCCCUGCAACUCAAAAGAAUAUUCUCGCUCUUGUGGAUAACAUGUCUCGCAAAUCCAGUUUGCACUUCAAGACGGCACAGGCAGCAUUGCCUGUUCUUAAAGAGAUGACGAUGUCAGAAACAUGGAUGGAUGCGCCUCCUAAAAAUGUUGCAAUUGGUUGUAACACAAUGCAUAGACUGUUGCUGGUAGACUACGACCUCAGCAAAAAAUGUUUGGAUAAAGCUUUGAUUUUUAAACUGAUGGAGAAAGACAUGAAAGAGAACGAAAAUGACGAAGGAACGAUCGCAGUCAGAAAGCUGCUCUACAACUUGUGGACUGAUCCUUUUUUGUCUAGCGUCUCGAAAAAGUUGAAAAUCGACAAAAUCAGGUAUAUUAAUGAAAGAACAAUAAGGGCCCACCACGAGCUGACCCCAUCAUUGUCAGGUGAUUAGUAAGUUAAACAACUUCAGUCAGAGAAGGAAACCGGCCUGAUAAGAGGCUUCCACAGCCACACCCUUCACGUCUUCACUGGUUUUUCAUACAUUGUGUAUAUAGUUAAGAGAUUUUAACCUCAUGAAUAAUCAUGAGGCUCUUUGUAAUUUCAUUUGGAAACGUUUUGGUAGGUUAAGUGAGAGAGUUGAGUGUGCAUUAGAGCUGCAGUCACAUUCAGGCAGCCUUCAACACACAUGACCGCCUCAUUGAUUGUUUUCUCACAAAUGAGACCCACAAAUGCCAUCACUGUGAAAUGUACCAGUUACUAGUCGCUGCAACAUAAAAUAUCUAUUGUGGGAUUAAGAACUGACUAGUUUAGACAGACACAUCGGAAACAUGAAAAAUAGAUAGAGGUCAAGUGUGCAGCAAAAUCGAAUUUUCUGUUUUUUUUUUUUUUUUAUAACCGGUAAUAUUAUUAUCAUUACUAUUCCAUGAGAAAACAUGCAUAGAAACCUGGUAUUAGGAGUGCUUCUUUGGUCCAUAACGUGGAUGUGAGUAUGAACCCGGCUAUUCAUUUAGCUCCUUUGCCAUUUCAUACAUUUAUGGUUUUGUACCAAACGUGCAUCAGUUUGUUCCAGUCUUCUUCUCCUUAAAGCUUUAUUAUUGUUUUCCAUAUUCUACUCAUAGUCUGCCAUUAGGAAAUGACUUACGCAAGUUCAAUCAAUAGUAUGCACCAACCAGAUGUAGCUCAGAAUUACUUUGGUUUUGAUUAGCGGUCAUAUUUUUGACCCAAAUAGAGACCAAAAUCAAAUCUAAACUUUUAAGAAAUAAUAUGCAAUUAAAUUAUAGGACUUAAUCAGUUUUAUUAUUUAGCUCCUUAAUUCAUUAUCAUACUUAAAGGGUUUGUUAGGAUUUUUUUAAAGUGAGGUUUUGUCUAAAUAUUAGCAGUAACAAUUCCCUUACCAGGGCCUUAUAUUACAUAACGGGUUCAAUCCUUCUGGGUUUUCUUAAAGGGACUCAGCUGAACUGAACCUGACAUUUAAGACAGAGCUCGUCUUUCUAUGAGACUUGUUAUGAAGAAGAUAAGUCGACUCAGGGUUGCCAACAAGUACAUGAUUAUGUACUUGCUCGCGUAAAACAGCUGAAGCUGGAAUAAGAGGACUACCCAUAAAGAAGAAGCAAAAAUAAAGCUUUCCACUAAAAGAAAAGUUUGUAAAAAGCCUGAUGAAUGCAUUUUUUCAGUAUUGUAGCCAUGCUAUUAAUUAAUGAAUCCAUCUAACAUUUUCAUGAAUAUUAAUUCUAAUUUUCCAGUCGUGGCUGAUUUAUAGUCCCUUUGUAUUACAUGAUCUAUAAACACAAAGUUUGUCCUGUUCAGCCAGCAGGGAAAUUUCCAAGGUAAAACUUGGUUGGAAAUGGGUUGGGACAAACUGGCAGCGACUGUAAGAAUUGGGCGUAUGGCUUGGCCAAGGAGCAAUUUGAUCCUAGCUGCUUGUUGGUUCUUAACACAGCGAUUUACAAACAGGAACAGUUUGACUCCUUUUAAAAGUUAUAAAAACGCACCCAUUUGUACUGCUAUAGCCGAUUCACUGACAUGGUGUCAAUUUUGUUUGAAGCACAGCUAAAGAGGCAUGUCAUAAUACUUUCCUUCAAUUUUACAUGGUGUGUACAUAUAAUACAAAACCUCUUUUAUUCUUCUGUUUGUGUGGAUUGUUUUGUUUAAGUGAAGAAUAUGCCACUUGUGAUUUUACUCUUUGUCCUGACAGUGACGUCUGGUUACUCACAUACACUACCGGUCAAAAGUUUGGACUCACCGUCUCAUUCAGUGGUUUGUCUUUAUUUUUUUAUUACCACCCCUAGGAACUCCUUCAAGACAGUUGGAAAACCAUUUCAGGUGACUAACUUCACGAAGCUCGUCCAGAGAAAGCCAGGAGUGACCAAAGCUGUAAUCAAAAACAGAGGGGUAUUUAGAAGAAACUAAAAUAUACAAAAUGUUUGAGUUAUUUUGUGUUGGAUACAUAAUUCUUUAUACCUUUGAGUCAUAGUUGUGAUGUCUUCACUAUGGAUCUAUAAUGUAGAGUCAUACAAGUAAGGAAAAGCCGUUGAAUGACAAAGGUGAGUCCAGGCCUUUGACUGGUAGUGUACUACAGUAAUAUCCAAUGUCUUCAUUAGACAUCCCCAGUAUUAAGGUUUCUUUAGACGUCCAUUGCUGAGGGGAUUCUUUCUUUUUAUAGCUCUGUGAUGAACUGCGCAUAUCGUGUUCUUUUGUAUUUCUGAAGUAUGUUUUUUGUUUUUCACAUCGGCUUGAAUUUUGGGGAGAAAACUGAAGUAAAUUGAGACAAAGGGGUGGCAUGAGUCACUCGUGCAUGAAAAGAGGUUUUGUGCAACAGUAAAUAGUCGGGCCUGUCAACCCCUGACGGAAGAUGGGUGGAGACGUCUCUGUUGGAUGCUGGCCACACUCUUCAAGUGUUCUUUGAACUAAUCCAGUUUAACCUUGAGGUGAAAAUUAAAAGGCUGUGUCGUUUUAUGUAAUCAUGAAUAAUCACGAGCUAAGCCCAAAUCUUCAGACAAAAGGAGCACACUGGGACAUAAUGUUGAAUUCUUGAUUUUGUCCAACUCAUGUCAUGCUUUUCUGUCUUGCAACCUUACAGGAUUAAGGGGUCAUUACAGGGUAUUUUCUUUGACAGAGGAAUCACUGCUUUUUUUCUUUGGGCAAAAAACAACAACAAUUUACUUCCUGUAGAUGUGAUUGCAUAACACACAAAAAAGCACCUCAGCCACGAUUCAAGGAGGUUGGGAACUUUUAGGAAUGCCCAUCGAUUCAAAGUGGAAAAAGGGGGCGUUUUUGUACUCGCCCAUCUUGAGGUUCUUCUGUCUUAGGGUGGAUCACCUUCAGUAUUGUUUUGGAAUGUAUUUUUUGGGAGAAUUGUGUAUGCUGCAUUUUUAUUAGGAGCACUGCUUGCUAAUCAGUCCAUACAUGCAAUAAUAAACAGCUGUGCAGACAAAA